UUCUCCCACCCCCAGUUCCCAGCGCUCCUAACCGCCCGCGCCCGCUGCUAGGCAGCGGCGGGGAUGGCGAGCCGCGGAGCCGGGGCGGUGACGAUAGCAGCGAUUCCGCCAUUGGACGAGGAGGCCUGAGGGACGGGCCAGCCUGGUGAACAAGGAGACAGCGAGGCGGGUGGCCCCGAGAGAGCGAGGGCAAUGGAGGCCAGCAUGCCGAAGCGGAAGGAGCUUGGCAAGUCCCUGCGCAUCAAAGUCAUCUCCAUGGGCAACGCUGAAGUGGGAAAAAGUUGUAUUAUAAAACGAUACUGUGAGAAAAGAUUUGUGUCUAAAUAUCUUGCAACAAUUGGAAUUGACUAUGGAGUCACAAAGGUGCAAGUCAGAGACAGAGAAAUCAAAGUUAACAUCUUUGAUAUGGCUGGCCAUCCCUUCUUCUAUGAGGUUCGUAAUGAGUUUUACAAGGAUACACAGGGUGUAAUACUGGUCUAUGAUGUUGGGCAGAAAGAUUCCUUUGAUGCCCUUGAUGCGUGGCUGGCAGAGAUGAAACAAGAUCUUGGACCUCACGGAAACAUGGAAAAUAUUGUAUUUGCUGUGUGUGCCAACAAGAUUGACUGUACCAAGCACCGCUGUGUAGAUGAAAGUGAAGGGCGUCUGUGGGCCGAAAGCAAGGGGUUCCUGUACUUUGAAACUUCAGCACAAACUGGAGAAGGAAUCAAUGAGAUGUUCCAGACCUUUUAUGUAUCCAUAGUUGAUUUAUGUGAAAAUGGCGGGAAACGUCCUUUCACGAAUAGCAGUGCUAGCUUCAGCAAAGAACAAGCAGACACCAUUCGCAGAAUUCGAAACAGUAAAGACAGUUGGGACAUGUUGGGAGUCAAACCUGGGGCCUCAAGGGAUGAAGUCAACAAAGCCUAUCGGAAACUCGCCGUACUGCUUCACCCCGACAAGUGCGUGGCGCCUGGUAGUGAAGAUGCCUUCAAAGCGGUUGUGAAUGCCCGGACAGCCCUCCUGAAAAACAUCAAGUAGGAAGUCAGAGAAAAGGACAAGUGCGGGCCUCAAGUACAAACUGUCCCUAGAAGUGAAAUAACCAACAUGAAUUUUUUUUCUCCACAAAAAUCUUACUGCUUUUUUCUCUUGUUGUUAUUUGUAAAUUAGAAAUUCAGGUGCCUGUGACCAUUUCACAGACAUUUUACAGAGCGGUGAAGAGAACCAAGCGCCACUUGUACGUAUAGUUCAUUUCCUAUUUCCAAAUAACCUGAAUUUUGUUCCUCCUUCGUUUGUGAGCUUGGUGAUGGUAGCAUCCCUCACGCACUUGACUCAGGACAGUCCAGGAGGUUUCUGGAGGGAGGAAGGGGCACAGGAGAACCCUUUCGCUUUUUCUUUUCCUUUUUUAAAGUUCACUGGAGAAGGAGACAGCAGAAAUAGAAGGAAAUAAUAUCAAAACCCUGAAAGUUUGGUGGGACCUCACAAGCAAGUUGCUCCUUUUACAAGUUCCUUAGGUAGUAUUUGAACCAUCGAUCAAUCUAUAAUUAAUGAACUCUUGAGAGAGAGCCCUUUGGAAGUUUGUGAAUCGAGGUGAAACAGUUCCAAAUUGAGCAGCUCUUUGAGGACAUGUACUCUGUCCCCUUCUCCAGCCACCAGGGGGAGAGACAAGUUAGUCCUAGGAGAGGGGAGGCAGUGGCAGCCACGAGUUCUGGGAACACUGGCUGCUGCUGGUCUUGCCCCUGGAUCUGAGGCCUCUCUUUAGCCAUGGAACGGGGCUGGCGGCAGUAGGGAGCAUCAUGCGCCCGGGAAGCAGGCGUCAGACCCCACAACAGACGUGCUUGCAGCUCACGCGAGAGCUUGUGUACACAUCUCCGAGGGCAAGGCCUGAGGGCACAGCCAGCCUGGCGUGGACUGGUCUGAUGCCCCAGGAGAGCCUGUGGGUGAGGCUUCUGCCUUUUCUUGUCUCUGCAUCGUUUGCCACUGAAAGGUAGGAAAGCCUGCGGCACUCCUCCAUAAGCCAGGCCUCUUCACUUCUCUACACAAGUUCCUUCUUUUUCUUCUUCUCUUUCUCUCUUAUUUUUUUUAAAUAUACCACAUCUGUCAUUCUUCUCUUCUUGAAUCCCUGGCUUUUGGCCACUGCCUCUUCUAUCCUCCCUUACGAGCCUUGACCUUACAGUCCUCCCUUAUAAGCCCUGGUUGACUAGAGACAGGUAUGGAUCCUUUGGGUGUUGGUGGAGGGAGAGAUCUUAAGGCCUGUGUGGGAAGAAUCUCUAAUUUUUGCUUGGGCUCCAUAUUUCUAAAUAGUAAUAUUUUUAAACUAUAGAUUAUGAAAGCUAAUUUCACAUAGAGAAAUGCUUUCUUUUGCCAUAGUUUCCUCCUCAAUAUCCAAGGAAUGGAUGAAGAUCAAGUAUAUUAGGACUGGCCAUUCUUCCAGAGCUUUCAGAACUGGUCCCACUGUUUGACCCAUUAUAUCAUCAAUCUCAGUACAUUACUCAUACUUUUAGCUGCGACCACCCUGCACUGAUUGGGCUUUAAGGUACAUAGAAUGUGAAUUUUAAACAGCUAUCCCAUAUUGAUCACCAAAUAGCAUUCACCUUCUACCCAAGAAGAAAAGCCACUUUGGUUUAAUUCCAGCCCUCUGCAGUCUUCUGGAUUCUUCUCCUCUCCAAAGCAGCUUCCCUUUGUGUGGCUGCACUUGGGCUGCAUUGAGCUUGUUGUCAGGAAACCAGAGCCUUGUUUUCUUAUAUGACUUUUCAUCUUGGUGAUUCUGAAAAUGCUUCUUUUUUACGAAUUGAGUCUAAUUGAGUCUAAUACAUGAUUUCCUGGGGAUUUUCCUCUGGACUUUUAAUUUUAAAUAGCUUCUGGGACUGCAAAAGUCCAACCAGUUCCCGUUCUUCUGAAUUUAAAUUUUGCUUAAGGCCUUCAUCAUGCCUAAAGUAAUUAAAUGUAGGUCUAUGCUUACAACAGAACUAGACUCAAAUAAACGAGGGAUUGUGCAUGGUAGUUUAGCCCAAAUUGACAUGACAGCUCACUGAGUAUGUGGCCCUGUAUGAAGCCUGUGAGUUUUCAUCACUGUUACUAAAGGCCAGAUUGGUCACCUCAUUCAACUACAUUGUGCAGAUGAGCAGUUACAACAGAGUUCUUUAGUGCUUCCUUUCCUAUAUAGCGAGUGACUUGCUGAAAUUUAGCCUGAUUUUGGUUCUUAGGUCUUGGAACUCAGUUCCCAACACCUUCAUUAUUAAUGUUAAGGAUGGCCAUGAACUACUUCAUUUAUGUAAAAGAAAGAAAAGAAGAAAGUUAAGCUUCAGGGUCCUAGAAUUUGUCCGAGUGCCAUAAUCCUUGAGUAGAAUAUUAAGGGAUAAUAAAGCACGAGUUGCAAUGCAAAGUUUUUUGGUACUAACUUCAUACAAAACUUUGUAGACCUCUGUGCACUAAAUUUAUAUUCUCAGUGCAAAUAUGUACUUUGUAGUUCAACUUUAUGAAAUUCCUUCAGCCAGUUAGGAUUUUAAAAUACAUUGCCGAGAGUAACAACUGGCAGCAUCAUUCCACUGGCUAAAAAAAAUUUGAUGGAGAAUCUUGCUUUUCAGAAAAAAAUAAAAAGUUUGAACAGUUCUUAUAAAAGCCAUUACUUCCAUGUCUGAGUCAUCAAGAAUGAACAGUUUUAAAGCUUGUUAGAAAUCCCUUGAGACAUUUCUAACUAAUUGCCCAUCCUACCUAAACACUUUAAAAUACACCAUCCUUUUUUCCCUCUGUUCCCCUUUGGGGCUUCUUUGGAGUUGAUGUUCUCAGCUGUCAACAGUUCCACUUCAGCCUUGCCAUUUCGAGUCUUCCCAUACAUGUGUCCUCGGCUCUCUUGGCCUGUUUACGUCAAAGUCCAGGCCUCGGGUGCUGUGCUGCCCCCCGGGGGAAACUGCUGGAACCCGCCGGUGGCACACUGUUCUCUAGGCUUACAUUUACCUCAGGAAACUUACUCCAGUGUGUUCUCAUGCACUAAAGUUUCAACUGGUAAUUCUUCAUACCCACAAACCAGUAUCUAAUUCACUGCUGGUUAAAAGAGCCAUAGAUAAGGCAGCUAGAUUUCUGAAAGAAAGCCAGAGUAAGUUAGCAGCCCCUGUCAGCCCUGAAUCAGCACCACAGUUCCUCCUAGAACAGAGACAGAACCUCGAGGGGGAGGGAGGUAGUUCAGGCCCAAGUUAGAAAGGGUGGAGCUGCGUGCCGACUACCUCUGACAGUGACAGUGACAGAGACCUUCUCAAAGGUACUUUCAGUGGGUGCUGGAAUGUCACUCCCUUCCCCACCGCACUCCAUCCAGCUCACUCUGAGUCUGCCAGCGUUUCUGCAAAACUUUCGAAAAUGAGUUUAGCUGCACAAGAGAGCUAUCCACCUUCCAUUGCAAGGUUUGCAAAGUGAACGAACGUUCACACUUCUCAUAUUUGGUAUUAGCACAAUUGUAAGACAGUCGGUAACGUUUGUACGUUGGUUUUUCCGUUUAACGUUUCUAGAGAAGACAAAAGCUUAAAUUUGUGACGUGGGGAAGUUAGAUUGUGUCUAACAAGCAGUGCAAUAUUAGGCCAUGCCAAAAAGGCCCUGGUGUGAAGUGACUUGUUUGCAGGUUGGACGGUUUGGGUUAGUGUCCUGCAUCGAUUUCCCGUGGGGUGUUCGUCCCCUUUGACUGUGAAUGCAGAGUCUCAAAAGAAACCCUUAGCUCUUACGAGGUAAUUUACAUAUUUACGUUCUUUUGAAAUAACUGAAAAUGUUAAAUCUAACAGUUGUUUAUGUCUUGUAUAGAGAGUGUCAUAUGUAUUUAAGUUGUGUAUUUUUAUAAAAUAAAGCCAAAACUC